GCUCGGAGGAGGUUGGUCUGGGGCACAUAUAACCAGAAGAGUCCAGAAGAGAUCGUACUCAUUGGGACUGUGUAGAGAGAGCGGCAGGUGCUUGCUGGACCAGAGCUAGUGGAUGGUAUUCAUGAACUAAGGUGUAGAGAUGGAUAGCGGUAAAUGGAUGGACGUGGAUGGUGCAUGGGUAUAUAGUGCUGCCCCGGUGAGGCACCCAGAAAAUCAUCUAAGGUACAACACUCUGCCUGGGAGAGACUACAGAAGAGCCACUGACGUCCCCAGAAGACCAGUGGAGGGAAGAGGUAUAUACGGAACAAUCCCUGGAAGGUUUGGUAGCAGAGGACCAUUUGCUGACCAAUCUCCUCAUAGUAUACAGUCUAUGUCUAGUCUCUCCCAGACCUCCAUUCUUCAGGAUUCCACAAACUGGGUCUCUUCUCUGCCACUUGGUGCUAGAGGUCCGAAAAUGGUGAAAAUGGAACAGAAAACUUUUGGAGGUAGAUAUGAUGCAUCAAAAAAUCAUGGAGAACUGGAAAAGAAAAGACGCAAAUUGCUCAGGGAAACUGAGGCAGACAUGAGAAUCCUACCAUCUUAUGAUAAGCAUAGACGAAAAGGAAAACCCAUGGAGGUAGACACCAUAUAUGAAGGUCCUCAUUACACAUUGCAUCAAAAGAAUAAAAAUGUACAAAAUGAUGACUGGGAACCUUUAACGAGACCACCUAAAGCACUGCAGAAUCAAUUGGAAACUCCUAAAAUGCACCUUAAUCAGACACAGAUACAAUCAACAAAACCAAAGGCAGCAGAUACAAAUUUACCAACACAGGAAAAAAGGAAGUGGUGGUUUAAGAGUCAAAAACAAUCCAAACCGGGGGAAAUAAAUGGAACUACUCUAGGUAACACCCAGGAGGCAUCAAAGAAGACAUAUGUAGAUUGCUCCACUUUGAAAGGUUAUGAAAUUCAAAGGCAAGGCUCAAAGGAGAACCUACCAAAAGUGAGAAAAAGAAAAGUGCCUCCACCAUAUAUACCACCACCAUCUUACAAUUCACCACACCUUAUCUUUCCUAUGGGUAAGGAUAUGCAUAGCGGCAUACGACAAAAGGCCACAGAUGAGAUUGUGUUGAUGACUGGGAGUGAAAUUGGCCAAUCAGGUAGACAUAAAGUGUCAAGGUACACAGAGGAGCCUGUUAAAAAAGCAAAAUCAACAUUGCCACAUAUUAAGAAGGAACAGGAGGAGAAAAGGCAUAGGUCUGAACAGAUUUAUCGUAACUAUAGUCUGGACCGAAGACUUCCAUGGGCCUAUAGUAUUUUGGGAAACCAGCGUCCUCUGUGGCACCUGAAUCAACCAUCCCGUCGCGAUGAUGACUUUCUUGACCAUAUAUAUGAGACUGUUGAAGGAGGAGGAUCACCACUCAGUGCUAAUGUGCCUAGUGUCAAGGAGGCUAAUCUGGGUUUUCAGACAGGUGAAAGGAUUUAUGGGACAUUGCCUAUUUCACACCAUAAGAAUUUGUCAAAAGAAUAUAUUCUGCCAAGAAGAGAAAACAAGGAUGUCACAAAAUCAUUCAAGAAAAGUAAAAUGAUUGCAAAUGGGAAUGAAAUAAAAGUGGAGCCAUUUGAUGUUCUCCGACCACCAAUCACAUCAGAUGGAAUAAAGCUUCCACAUGAGUUAGGUUUCAGCUAUACAAGUGGGAAAUUUCAGUACAUGGAUAAAGGACAGGAGUAUAGAAACACUGAAGAGCCUUAUAAGUAUGGAACAGGGAAUGAAAGGAGAAAGCCACUGAGAGUUGUUUCUAGUAAAGAAAGGAGAAGCCAAGAUCAAUCUGCUUUCAUCUCUGGUAAAGAAGAAUAUGGCUACUAUAGUCAGACACUGCCUUGGAAGAAGGAUAUGUAUGACCGUAUGAAAACUUCUAUCCAAGAUAUGACCACUACUGAUCAUUCCAGCAAACAAAAGGUUUCAAGUCAACCUGGCAAAGUUAGUACAUUACCAGGUAGGGGCCAUGAUCAGAGUCACCGGAAGCUUCGUGAUGGCGUGAGUCGAAGUGUGAAAUACAGUUUAUUGGACCCUUCUAAAAUGUCUAAUGGUGGAACAUUCAAGAGGGGCCAGAUGAAAGAAAUCAUUUUGGAGAAAAUACAAUUGCCAUCUAAAGAGAGCGAUGGAAUGUUUGUCAUUGAUGCAACCUGUGUGGUUGUUAAAGCAGAGUACAUUUUUCCUCCACGGGCUGAACAAGUUAAGUUUUUACCCAGCCCACAAACUCCCGAAGGGCUAAUAAAGAACGACAUCUUGUGCGGAAAGCCACACUUAAAUAAUAAAGUGAGUAAAUCCUUAAAGCCUGCAGAGAAUGUUAAGUCUCAGCACUCUGACAAAAAGGUUCCAAGCAUGAAGGAAAGAGCAAUACGCAUCUUAGGACUUUCAGCAGUGGAGCUGGAGACACUGAAUGAAGAAAAAGCUCCAUAUGAAACAACUAAAGAGACAUAUGUGGAAUCAGAGGUACAACAAAAGACACUCUGUAAGUGUACCAAAGCUAGUGGAUAUAAAUGUGACAAAUGUGCAGGUGUGCCGUGCAAUAUGAAUGUAGGGGUUAUGGAUUCUCUCACAGCUCCCAUGCUACCAGGUAAUGAUAACAGUGACCCAAAAGUUUAUCGGACGGCAGAGGACAACAGUUCACCUAAAUGUGAUCAUGAUUUAGGAACUGCCAAAGGCGUACUCACUUGUUCUGUGGAAACUGAUAGUGAGGGAAUUGACAUGAAAUGUUUCAACACUGAACUGGCAUCAGAAGUAAGUAAUCAAGAGACCCAUUCUGCAUCUGUACAAUGUCUACUUCCAAAUGGCUCCACACCUGAGAUGCAAGUGGAGGAACAUGUUGCAAAGAAGAAUUAUUCUGAUACGAUUACAUCUCCAUGUCAAGAUGACGGUUCUGGUUGUAUUAAUCAUUUAGUGUCUAUGGGUAGACAACUGCAGAAUGAUGCAAAACCCAGUUCUUUUGAUCUUGAAAAGAACCCAGAUGUCAUUGGCAGACCAGAACAGAAGACACAUGGACUGGCAGACAUCAUUAAUAAAGAAAAUAUUGCAAAUAAUACCACAAAGUCUUAUAUUUCCAGUGAAAACGUCAGUAAAAACAACGGGCAAAUGAGUAACAGCAACUGUCCAGAGCGCAAUUCAUUACAUCUUCCUGAUUUUUCCUAUAUAGAUAAAAAAAAUCAGGGAGUGUUGACACCACCUACAGAGCAGUUAUAUUCUGCAAAAUUGUUUGCAAAAAGACAAAAUUACUUCGCAAAGGAUCUCCGUGAGGCUGUCUCCCGCAUCAGACGUCACACUGCCCCAGACUCGGACACAGACGAUGACAUAGACAAGCAUUCUUAUGAUUCUUGUUCAGAAGGAUCUGGUGAUGUAGGAGAGAAUGAAGUUGCUUCUUGCAGCUCAGAUACAUCAGACUCUGAGGUCACUGUAAUCUUAUGUGAGGAUGAUAAAGAAGAUCUCUUAUCACAGAUUGAGACAACAGACUUCCCUCCAGAUGUAAUCAAAUCUAGACAUGUGUGUAAAGAAAAAGUAGCUAUAAAGAAAAUGGAGCAUGAGGAUCCCGAUAUGACAGCUUUAAAGACUGAUGAGUUGCUUGAUCAGUCUAAUAAUUCCGAAAUAUCCCCAACUCAACAGAACGCUGGUUUGGAUCUGAACAGUUGCAUUGAGGGGAUACUUCAGGAUCUGAACAGAGCAGAGAAAGAAUUCUUCCCAUAA